GCCCCUAACAGACAGAAAGCUAAAGAAUACGUUGCGGGUCUUGCUGUAAAGUUACAGAACUCUGGUGUCGUUUAAUAGUUUUGUUCGUAGAUAAUUUACAUACACACAAAUAUCCGGAUUGAACACCGUCUGUUUGACGGAAGUGUCCGCGGAGGAGUCGCAGCACUUUAACGACUUUUCCCCCUCAGCAUAUAUAUUAUUUUACCAGCCACAUCCAUAGCGGGUCAGCAUGGCCCAGUGGAAUCAGUUGCAGCAGUUGGAGACGCGCUACCUGGAGCAGCUGUACCAUCUGUACAGUGACAGCUUCCCCAUGGAGCUCCGUCAGUUCCUCGCUCCCUGGAUCGAGAGUCAGGACUGGGCGUAUGCAGCCAAUAAGGAGUCGCACGCCACGCUGGUAUUUCACAACCUGCUGGGAGAGAUCGACCAGCAGUACAGCCGCUUCCUACAGGAGAACAACGUCCUUUACCAGCACAACCUGAGGCGCAUCAAACAGCACCUGCAGAGCAAGUACCUGGAGAAGCCAAUGGAGAUUGCUCGCAUCGUCGCACGCUGUCUGUGGGAGGAGCAGAGACUGCUGCAGACCGCUACCACUGCUCAGCAAGACGGCCAGGCGGCGCAGCACAGCGGGACAGUGGUGACGGAGAAACAGCAGGUCCUGGAGCACAGACUGCAAGACAUCAGGAAGAAAGUGCAGGAUAUGGAGCAAAAAAUGAAGAUGCUGGAGAACUUACAGGAUGACUUUGACUUUAACUACAAGACACUGAAGAGUGCAGGAGAGCUGUCCCAGGACCUGAAUGGGAACAGCCAGGCUGCAGCCACCAGACAGAAGAUGGCUCAGCUGGAGCAGAUGCUGAGUGCCCUGGAUCAGCUCAGGAGGCAAAUCGUGACUGACAUGGCAGGGCUGCUGCAGGUCAUGGACUUCGUGCAGAAGAAUCUGACUGAUGAAGAACUGGCUGACUGGAAGAGGAGACAGCAGAUCGCCUGCAUCGGAGGACCCCCUAACAUUUGCCUGGACCGACUAGAGACAUGGAUCACAUCAUUGGCUGAGUCUCAGCUCCAGAUCAGACAGCAGAUAAAGAAACUGGAGGAGCUCCAACAGAAAGUUUCAUAUAAAGGAGAUCCCAUUGUUCAGCACCGUCCUGCACUGGAGGAGAAGAUUGUCAACCUCUUCCGCAAUCUCAUGAAAAGCGCUUUUGUGGUUGAAAGACAGCCGUGUAUGCCAAUGCACCCAGACAGACCUCUGGUCAUAAAAACAGGUGUUCAGUUCACCAACAAAGUUCGGUUACUGGUGAAAUUCCCAGAACUGAAUUACCAGCUGAAAAUCAAAGUGUGCAUCGACAAGGAAUCUGGAGAUGUCGCAGCCAUUCGAGGAUCACGCAAGUUCAACAUCCUGGGCACAAACACCAAGGUGAUGAACAUGGAGGAGUCCAACAACGGCAGCCUGUCAGCCGAGUUCAAACACCUGACUCUGCGAGAACAGCGUUGUGGCAACGGUGGCCGAACCAACAGUGACGCUUCUCUGAUUGUCACUGAGGAACUUCAUCUCAUCACCUUUGAGACAGAGGUGUACCACCAGGGCCUGAAAAUCGACCUUGAGACGCACUCUCUUCCCGUUGUAGUCAUUUCUAAUAUCUGCCAGAUGCCCAAUGCCUGGGCGUCUAUUCUAUGGUACAACAUGCUGACUAACCAUCCCAAGAAUGUAAAUUUCUUCACGAAGCCCCCUGUGGGUACAUGGGAUCAGGUGGCUGAAGUUCUGAGCUGGCAGUUUUCCUCCACAACCAAGAGAGGCCUGACUAUCGAGCAACUCACCACACUUGCUGAGAAACUGCUCGGUCCUUGUGUGAACUACUCCGGUUGCCAAAUCACUUGGGCCAAGUUUUGCAAAGAGAACAUGGCAGGAAAAGGCUUCUCAUUCUGGGUUUGGUUAGAUAACAUCAUUGACUUGGUGAAGAAGUACAUUCUGGCUCUGUGGAAUGAGGGGUAUAUCAUGGGCUUCAUCAGUAAGGAGAGAGAGAGGGCCAUCUUGAGCCCAAAGCCUCCUGGGACAUUUCUGCUUCGUUUCAGUGAGAGUAGUAAAGAGGGUGGCAUCACAUUCACCUGGGUGGAAAAAGACAUCAGUGGUAAGACACAGAUCCAGUCAGUGGAGCCGUACACUAAGCAGCAGCUGAACAGCAUGUCUUUUGCCGAAAUCAUUAUGGGCUACAAGAUCAUGGACGCCACAAACAUCUUGGUGUCUCCACUCGUCUACCUUUUCCCCGACAUCCCUAAAGAGGAGGCUUUUGGGAAGUACUGCAGACCAGAAGCCCAGCCAGACCCAGACAUGGGUCAGGAUAUAUCCGGAAUCGUCACUCAGCCGUACCUGAAGACCAAGUUCAUCUGCGUCACUCCGUGUCCUUCCAUCUUCAUGGACCUUCCGGACAGCGAACUGCUGGCUAACGGCUUCCCUGGGACUAAUUCGGGUAACACAAGUGACCUGUUCCCCAUGUCUCCUCGCACUCUCGACACUCUGAUGCACCCUGAGACUGAGGCCAACCCCGGACCUCUCGAAUCCCUCACUCUGGACAUGGACAUGAACACGGACAUGGCCUCGCCCAUGUGAGACGACACGUCAGCCGAGCCGCAUCUAGCCUUUCACUUCUAGCUGUUUCUGCCUUUUAGAGAGAAAAAGUGAGAGGGGAAA